AUGCACAACUCGGCACCGGGCUCGGGUUGGGCGAGCGACUCGCACGCGCAGCAGAGCAGGGAGCAGGGCUGGGCCACGGCGCUCGGAACCGUGCGGGCUGCCGAACCGCGACAGAUGCAGCAGAACUCGGAGGCGAGCCGGCUCAUCAUCUCGCUCCGGUGGACCGCUCUCGGCUCGCAGGGGCACCACUUCGACCACCAGCACCAGCUCCAGCACCCGCACUACCCGCCGUACGAGCGCGACGACCCGCACGCUCCGCUGCCGCGCCCUCACCUCGACGCCGGCGGCUCGUACUCGUCGUCGUCCUCGGGCCAUGUGACGCCGUACACGCCUCAGCCUGCGCCCUAUGCGCCGGCCUACGACGCCCAGGCGUACGGCUCGCACCCGCCGCCGCCGCCGCCGCCAGCCUCGUCCGCCUUCGCCUACUUCCCUCCCGCGGCACCUCCCGUGCUCCCCACCCGUCCUCAGCCCUUCCCCGACCAGUACCAACUUCACGCCAAGUCGUCAGCAUAUGGACCGACCCCGCACGCCGACUACCCGCGCUGGAACGGCGUCGAGUCGAGCCACUCGGCGUCGCAGCACGCGGUCGCCGGCUUGGGCCAGCUCCGCUCGGCGAGCGACGACUUUGGGCAGUCGCUCGAGCGCGUCGGGCACGCAGCUCAAGCGUACGAGCCCGUCGGCCCGAGCCAGUGGCACCCGAGCGCGCCGCCGCCGCCGCCGCCGCCGCCGCCGCCGCCUGUCGACUCGUUCGGCGCGCCCGAGUCGUGGGAGCAGCAGCAGCAGGUGCAGGCGCGAGCGCACCCGCCCUACCAGUCGUACCAGCCUCAGCACCUCGCCGACCCGCCGCAUCACUACGCCUUGCUCCCGCACAUGACGACUUCGCCCUCUCCUCUGCAACCUUCGCCCUCUCUCUACGACACCUACUCGGCGACGCCCUCCCUCGACGCCUCGGCGGCGUCGUUCUGGGUCCGCACGCAAGCCUCCGACCCGUCGCCGAGCAGCGUUCCCGCCUUCGCCGAGAACGACCAGCCCCACCACUCGCGCCUCUCGACCUACCCUCCCUCGACCUACCCUCCUCCCGUCAGCGGCCAUGUCGCGUCGUACGCCACCCAUCCUCCUGCGACCGUGUCGCACGAGCCGCUCGGCGCUUCGAGUAACGCGCUCGCCGGGCCGUCGUCCAUCAACAAGCGCACGCGCCCCGCGCCCGCCGGGGCUGUCGGCGCCGCCUCGCCGCCAGCCGCUCGGCGCUCGUCCAAGGUGUCGCAGAACCCGGACAAGAAGCUCACGGUCGACCUGCCGACGGCGUGUAUCGCGUGCGCCCAGCCGCUCGCCAAGCUCAUCCUGCGAGGCAAGCGUGCCGAGCUCGACGUUCCUCAUGCCGCCGUCUUGACGUGCCUCGCCUGUUCGUCGUCGAGAACGUCGCAGAGCGAUGAGCCGCCGCAGGACGGCAAGGCCAAGAAGGCGACGUUCCGCAAGCGCAACAAGCGCUUCGACGACGCGAGCGCCACCAUCGCCUGCGACGUCUGCCUGCGCGACAUCGCCAUCGGCGGCGUCCUCCCGCUGCCGCUCGAGGCGCCCGACCCGUCGAGCCGGAUCGACUUCAUGAUCGAGAUCGUCUGCGCCGCGUGCGACGUCAAGUACAAGCGCUGCUCGGACUGCGGCGGCGGCGGCGGGUCGAGGGCCGGGACGGGCAAGUGGCGCUGCGCCGAGCUGUUCCCGCCGCAGCGCAAGACGUGCUCGCUCAAGCAUCAGCGCCUCGGCGCCUUUCCCGCCAUGGAGUACUCGGUCUACCGCAUCACGGACAUCCCGCGCGACGAGGUCGACGAGAUCUCGGACACGCUCAAGUCCAUGUUCGUCAACGGCAUGCUCGCAGGCCUGUGCAUCCCCGAGGUGCUCGAGCAAGACGGCUCGGUCUUCUCGACGUACGAGCAGUGCCAGCAAUCAGCGACGAUGGGCUGGCUCGGGUUCGACCCGCUCCUUCGCCACGACAUCGAGCCGCAGACGGGCAUCCGCCGUUACCUCGCCUUGCGCACCUGCACGCCCAACCUGCGCAAGCCGUCGCGCCAGACGCCCGAGGACUCGCCUACGGGCUCGCCAGAGCCUGACGGACCGCCGCCUCACGAGCAGAAGCAGAAGCAUGGCGGCGUCGUGCUCAAGGAGGGCAAGGAGGUCGCAGGCUUCAUCAUCGCCGAGCAAGAGCUGUUCGUCGGAAACUUCUUCUUCUGCAUCGUCCUGCCCUGGGACCCAACGGGCGAGAUCUUCGACGCAACGAGCCUCCUCAUCUCCGCCCUCAUCCGGCACGUCGACGCCGACGUCAAGAAGUACAGCGCCGAGCGCGUCGAGCAGGGCUUGCCGCCGUUGCCCGACAUCGCCAAGGUGUGGACGAUGCUCUUCUUCAAGCGUGACUCGCGCGUCCUCACGUCGCUCGUCAAGAAGCGCGGCUUUGCCUACCUCGAGGACUACCUCGCCGAGCAUCCCGAGGUUCCUGUCGAGGAGUUUCCGCCGCACCGCAAGUGCUACUUGCCCGUCGAGCGGCAGCAGGAGGGGUGGGAGAUCCUCGUGCGGCAACAGCGCGUCAUGGCGGACGGGUCGGUCGACGACUGGGGCGCGAGGCGCGGCGCCGACGAGGAGCGAGGCAAGAAGAAGGAGCUGCGGGCAAGAGCGGCGGCGGCGGCGGCCAAGGGGGCUCGCGUGCCCUACGUCUCGCAUCGCGCCCCGACUCGACCCAGCACGACCGGCGCGCCCAAGAACGGCUCCAAGGCCGAGACCGAGAUCCGCUCGCCGCCGAGGACGGCGACCGACUCGCUCCAGCCAGCUCGCGUCCAGUCGAGCAGCUAG